AUGACGCAGGGGCAGCGUCGGUCACGGCGUCUCACGUCAUAUCUUCCAACACGGCCGCCUCUUCCUGGCCGGCCCGGGCAUGCGCCUUUGCGGCCCCGCUCCUCCCUGAACCGUUAUCCGUUUGUUGUCACCGUCCUGCCGGGAGAAACGGAGCUCCUCCGGCCGGUCUGCGGGGAUCUGCGGGGCUCAGUGAGGCCGGAUGAAGAGGCUGGACACGGCAGAAUCCUCCGCAGACGUCCCGGGACCCCGUGCUGGGUGAGUUCGAGACGGUUUGAGAGAGUUUGAGGGAGAAAAGAGGAGAAAAGAGGAGGAGUGAUGAAGAGUCCAGGAGCAGAGAUUCAUUCAGAGAUGAACUUUAACCUUUAGAGAAAUGUUUUCACACAGAAACAGCGUUUUUAAGGAGGUCCAGUCCGGUUUAAAACCACCACAGUAACACUUUUAAAGGUUUUUAAUCAUAUUUGAUUCUUUACUGAUUCUGGGAUUCAGCUCUUCUUCUGCUUUUAGAUCUUCUGCAGCUUUGGUGGAUCACAAACAUCUUCAUGACUCGUCUUGAGUGUUGGUGGGGGUUAAAGGUGCUGUCCUGGUUUAGGUCUUACCUGUCCUCCUCAUCUCCUCAGCCCUCCUCCUCAGCUCCUCUGUCCUCGUCCUCAGCUCCUCUCCCAUGUGGAGUUCCCCAAGGCUCCAUUCUUGGUCCUUUUCUCCUCAUUUAUUCUCCUCCUGGGAUCUAAAUUUAAAACGUUAACAUGUCUGAUGAUCCUCAGCUGUAUUUACCCUGAAACCAGGAGCUUCCACUGCCCUGGUCCCACUGUUGGACCGUCUCAGGGACACUCAAACCUGGAUGGUUCUCAGUUUUCUAACAUUAAAUGAGAGUCAGACUGAAGUCUUUGGCUUCCUGAGUGUUUUAGGAUUGAUUUUAAAAUGUUAUUAUAAAUCCUUCGUCGGGCUUGCUCCUCUGUGUCUCUCUGCUCCUCCUCUUCAUGAACUCCUUUUGAACUUGAACUCCUGAGAACCUCUCUUUCUCUGUCCUCCUGUUUUAACGUGUUCUUGUCUCUUUGUUUGAUUUUUCUCUGUUUUUAUUGUUUUUAUUGUUUUUUCUUGUUUUUUUAAUCUGUUUUAUAAAUAAAUGAACGAACAUGUGAAAGUCGAGUUCUUGUUGGUUUUUGCAGAGACGGGUUCAGGUCUCUGGUUUUAGUCUUUGCUCUCAGGUGUUUAACUCACCUGUUUGCUCUGUCCUCAGUGUCUGGGCAGGAGGAGGGUGGAGCCUGAGGCCUGGUUGCCGUGGUGA